GGCGAGCAGAGAUUUGGCAGGCGACUCCACAGCUCGAUUGCGGUAAGCUCGCGGCGCGCCUCACUGGCGGGGCGGCGGCAAUUCAGCUAUGACGGGGCUUAGAUCCAAUCCGCCCUAACGCGCCUGCCAGCGAUUUCUCUGUCUUGCUUCCUCCCGAUGUUCUAGGAUGCUGUGCAAGGGAGAUGCGGUCCGUGUGGCCGCUUCCUCCCUCGUCGCGCCGGCGCUGCUGCCGCCGCCGCCAAUGCCUCCGCCGAUUCCACUCAGGGAUCUGCGCAGCGGCAAAUUGCCGUUGCCAGCUGAAGCUACAGAGGUGGACGAAGAGAUCGAGGUGGAUCUCCGGGAGGUUUAUUUCCUUAUCAUGCAUUUCCUGAGGAGCGGCCCUUGCGAGAGAGCCACUGGCCAGCUCUGGAACGAGCUCCUACAGCACAAGCUCUUGCCCCGGAGGUACCAUGGAUUCUUCUCCAGGAAUGGGACUCCCCCCGCCGACGAGAAUGACGAUGGUUUGUCGUUCCCACUCAGCUACGCGCAAGUUGCCGAGAGAUAUAAGAACGUUGACAACAACCACUUGGUUAAGCUCUUGCAGCAACUACUUGUUCACGACAAGUCCGCGUCCUUGCUUGAUGCGAAAGUUCCCAAGCAAUUGACCGCCGCGGACGUUCCUACGCUUUUGGGGUCAGGAGCAUUCUCGCUUUUGGAAUCGGAGCAAAGCAAUGCUACUAGUAUCUCUACCAAGAGAAUAGAACAAAUGCGAUGGCCGCAUUGGCAAGCUGACCAAGUUCAUGCUCUCGCGUUCCGUGAACUUGGUGGUGGAUUUGCAAAGCAUCACAGACCGCCAUCCACACGGACUGUGAAACAUGUUAUCAUCAAGCCAUCUGUACUGGUGAACAGAAUAAGAAUCAUCCAGGUGCUAAGGGGUCAUCGUAAUGCGGUAUAUUGUGCCGUUUUUGAUCGUACUGGACGGUAUCUUGUCACUGGCUCGGACGACCGGCUUGUGAAGAUAUGGUCCGUAGAAAAUAGACUUUGCCUUCGUAGCUGUAGAGGACACGAGGGGGAUAUAACCGAUUUGUCUGUAAGUAGUUCGAACACUCUAGUUGCAUCAGCUUCUAACGAUUCCUCCAUCCGUGUUUGGGGAUUACCAGAUGGUGUUCCGGUUGCAAUACUUCGUGGCCACACGGCGGGCGUAACAGCCAUCAAAUUUAGUCCUCGACCGGGCUGUGAGCACCAUCUUCUAUCUUCGUCUGAAGACGGAACAUGCCGUAUUUGGGAUGCUCGGGAUUCUUCUGUCAAUUCACGUGUCUACAUGCCGAAGCCGGAUGUCGAACCCGAAUCUGCAGGAGCUGAGAAUCGAGCACAGGCUACAAAUCAGAUUCAGUGCUGUGCGUUUAAUGCAGAUGGCUCAUACUUUGUCACUGGGAGUUCGGACAAGCUUGCCAGGGUUUGGGACGCAAGAAAGUGGGCGGACGAGUACACCGGAAGGCCAAAUCAUGAGCAUGACAUUCUUAGUGGACACGAGAAUGUAGUUAACUACGUGCAGUUCAGUGGUUGUGCAGAGCCAAUCAAAGUUUCUCCCGUCGACUUUUUGAAGGAUGACAACGUCCCUGACAACAUACCGAAGUUCAAAACAACCUGGUUUCCUCAAGAUAGCAUAGUUACUUGCUCAAGAGACGGCACUGCUAUUAUCUGGUCUCCUCGUCCUAGGAAACAGCUGAAGCUAGGUCGGUGGGUGAAAGCUUAUCAUUUGAAAGUACCGCCCCCUCCGAUGCCACAGCCUCCCGUUCGAACUGGUGGACCUCGACAAAAACUGCUUCCGACUCCUCGAGGUGUUAAUAUGAUAGUCUGGAGUUUGGACAAUCGUUUUGUACUCGCCGCGAUUAUGGAUUGCCGGAUAUGUGUCUGGAAUGCGGUUGAUGGCAGUCUGGUGCACUGUUUAACCGGCCAUACCAAGCAGACUUACGUGCUAGAUGUACAUCCAUGCAAUCCUCGCAUUGCAAUGAGUGCGGGCUAUGAUGGCCGAGUUAUUGUGUGGGAUAUCUGGGAGGGCCGUCCAGUAAGGACAUUUGAGACGGGAGAUUAUAAUCUUGUCGAUGGCAACUUUUCACCGGAUGGAACCUCAUUGGUUGUUUCCGAUGAGGUCGGCCAGGUCUACCUUUUUUCUACGGGAGCACCACCAAGUCAAGACGACGAAGAUGCGAAAUACGACCAGUUUUUUCUUGGAGAUUAUCGGCCUCUUGUUCGAGAUACUCAUGGAAACGUUCUCGAUCAGGAAACUCAGUUGCCUCCUCAUCAAAGGAAUCUUCAAGAUCUCUUGUGCGAUGCAAGCUUGAUUCCCUAUCCAGAACCUUAUCAAAGUUCGUACCAGCAACGUCGUCUGGGACUCCUAGGUUGCUACUGGCAACCACCAUCAGUUCAGCUCGCAGUGGGAACGUUUGAUGAUCCAGCGUUCAUUCCUCAAGAUCAGCCUCAAGCAGUAGUUGCCGCUCUACAAGCAAUCGAGCAAACAAACGAGCAAGGCAACAGAUGGGUAGAACAACCGGCGGAUGGUGAGGCAAUGGACUGGGAUGAAGAAGUGACUGGAUUGAGUGACGAUUCUGGUUCUGAUUACUGCGCGAGCGAAGAAAGCUCGAGUGACGAGGAUGGAAAUGAAGAAAGUGGUACGAUCUGUGAAUCGGAAACAACCGACAAAGAAAUUGACGAAAUCGAUUCUGAUGGGCUUCGUAACCGAAGAACAAGGAAAAAGAAGAGAGAGAUACUCGCAACCUUGGUGAGGAAGCAAAAGCGCAGGCGCUUGGAGGAGUCAAACAAUGCUCUUUUGAUGCCUGAGGAAACGCAGAGGCUGAGGUCUAGAAAGCGGAUAAGAAAGUCAAACCCGGACCAUGCAUUGAGGCCUAUGAGGAUGGCAGCUCGGAAUGCGUUGACCAUGUUUUCGAGCUUACAUGAGUAUGAAGACAACGAAGCACGCCGCCUGGCCGCUGAGGAUGCCAAAAGACCUGGUACAUCUGGAGAGAACGAGAACCAGAGGCUUCUACGCAACGGGAAAGUUCUUACAGAAACUCAGGAACCUGAAGACGAUGAACCUCCGAAGAAGAGUCCCGCAGAGACUUCGGACGUGGGUGAAUGCAGGCGGCCAAGGUCUCAGCGAAAGUUAGUACUCAAGUUGAGAAACUGUGCACAAACGUUCAACAACGAGGAUACUUUUCGGAGCCUCGAAAUACCAGAACAAGGCACUUCUAAGGUCCCCGUGGCCGAGGCUAAUGACAGUCAUCCAGAAACAGAUGGUUUUAUCGCGGACGAGAAACCCACUGAAGCUGUUUCGUCUGACGACAAACAGGGAUACAUAUGGAAGAAGGGGAAAGCAGCCAAGCGUGCUCGCAUGCCUUAUCACAGCAGCAGCAGCUCCGACGAGGAUAAACUGGUAGACAUUCCUUGUGAUACCAAGAAAGGCCUUGAAGCGACUCGUGUAGAAAAUGGAGACACAAAGGUGGUGGCAAGGGCGAUCAUUAGCGAGUCCGAGUCGGAGAGGUCUCUUUCAGCUGACUACCUUGACGAACAGCAGAGACGAGAGCAGAAUCACACUCUUCUGAGCAAUGAGUCCUUACAGAAUGGAGAAGCUCCAGAUGGUGACAAUGACCCUGAUUACCACGAAGAGGUUUCACCAGGAAGUAACAGUGAGUCGCUGGAGGAUGCUUACAAGCCCGAGGAAGAGCAGGCAAGUGAGGACCUGGACGUGGACGAUAUACAAAUGAAGCGCAAUAUGAACAAGGCCGUCUACUCAAGGAGAAGGCCUCGCAAAGUUGCGACUCAGACCGAGUGUUAUGAGGCCGACGAGCACGCUUCAGGUGGCCGCAGGAGAAGUACACGGCUGGCGCAGGGUCGCGUGGUUAGUCUCUCCAACAGCAGGUCCACAAGAAGCAGGAGAAACGUCGGCCGUCCCUCACACUGGGAAGCUAGCUCGUCUUACGACGACUCGGACUGGGAUAGAAGCAGCGACGACAAUGGACGCCGAAAGCCCGAAAGAAGAACUUCAAGCAGACUUAAAGUGAAGCUGCAGAAGAACGUGGGGUCGAGGUACAAGGAUUUCCACGUGAGGAGAAACCUGAGCACGGUGCAUCGGAGUCCGAGCAACGUGUCCUGGUUACUCUUGACAGAGGUGGAGCGGACGCGCUACAUCCCACAGUAUGGUGAUGAGGUGGUGUACUUCCGACAGGGACAUCAAGACUACUUAGACAACAAGCGGCUCGACGACAAUGGUCCCUGGAGAAGCGUGAAAAGGGAACUGCAAGCGGUCGAGUUCUGCGAGAUCACCGGACUGGAGUACAUCAUUCUCGAAGUGUCGGGGAACACUUGUUGCCGGCUGACUCUCGAGUUCAGGGACGGGUACAGGAUUCGCGGCAGCAGCUUCAGCGUCGACUUGCCGGAGCUGACAGACUUCGCCGACUUUAUAGUGGAGAGAAGCCGCUACGAGGCCUCCAUGGCCAGGAAGUGGUCCAGUCGGGACAAGUGCCAAGUGUGGUGGAGGUCGGACGAGGAAGAAGGUGGUCGCUGGUGGGAAGGGACGAUAACUCAGGUGAAGGCAAAGUCGCCCGAGUUUCCAAACAGCCCCUGGGACAGCAUCAGUGUGCUGUACAAGGACGAGCCAUCGACGACGAACCACUGCCCCUGGGAGCUUCACGACGUUGAGAAUCCUUUAACUUGGGAGUCGCCACAGAUCGAGCAGGACAAGGUGCGUGAGCUGCUCGACAUCGUGGACGAGGUGCUCCACUCGAACCAAUCCAAGGACGAGUAUGGCUUGUGGAGGUUGCAGCAGGCCGUGAGCAAGCCGGAUUUUCUUGACAGGAUUGCGCUACCAAUCUCCAUGGACGUGAUUCGCGAGCGGCUGGAGAACAACUAUUAUCGUAGCGUGAUGGCGGUGUCACACGAUCUUAGGAUACUGAUCGACAACUUCCGGACAUAUUUUGGGAAACAGCAUUCGUCGGUGCUCAAGGUGGAGCGGCUGAGAGAACGCUUCUCUGAGGCACUGCAAAUGUGAGCUUUGUAAAAAUUUCCUCGAGGUCUUAGUUAACGAAGAAUAGAAACAUUUUCCUUACA